AUGAACAACGACUUCUGGAAUCAGGCGCGAGGACCACCUCAGAAUCUGCCUCAGAAUCUAUCUAAUUCGAAUCAAAAUUCGCCUGUACCAGGGUCUACCAAUUCCAUACCUGCACAUUCACCGAGUCAACAAAGUAACAGUAGUCAGAUUCACGUUGUGACGCCAGGAGCUUUGGCUUUACAACAAGCCAAUCAGCAAACGCAACAAAAUAAUCAAGCACAUGCGCAGCAACAAGCACAGCAACAACAACAGCAAGCGCAGCACAAUGCCCAACAGCAAGCGCAACAACAACAAAAUGCACAACAACAGGCACAGCAACAAGCUCAACAGCAAGCGCAGCAACAGGCUCAGCAACAGGCGCAGCAGCAACAACAACAGCAACAGCAACAGAACGCACAGAUGAACCAACAACAACAACUUAAUCAACAGCAACAACCACAAACUAAUGGACCUAAUCAGCAACAAAAUCAGCAGUCCCAAUUAUCACCGCAUAUGGGAAGUCCUAACCCACACGCACAAGCAGCUCAUGCUCAUGCAUUAGCUCAAGUCGCUCAGCAGCAGCAGCAAAUGGUCAACAUGCACCAACAAUUGACCAGCGGUCAAUCGUCUCCUGACAAACUGAUGACAGAGAAGAUCGUAAAUGAAUUACAGCCAACCCCGCAAAAGAAUAAAGGCAAAAAGGAUGGUGAUGAUAAAUAA